CCGCGGCUGCCCCUCUAACUGCUGGUGAAAUAGAGGGCAGGGCGAGAUUGAACAUAGCGAUUAUCGAUUACGGGACCCCGCAACACUGCCAGACGAUCUUUAUGUAUGUUAGCUCAUUCACUGCUCACAACCACCAACUUAAGAGGUGUGCUCAUUCCCUUUCAUGCGCCGGGAAACUCAGGUUGAAAAUUUCCCAAACCUGACACAAGCGCUUGAGAGAUGGCUGCCCAGUGCGUCACGAAGGUGGAGCUGAAUAUUUCCUGUGACAACCUUUUGGAUACAGAUGUAGGGUCAAAGUCAGACCCUUUGUGUGUGCUGUUUUUGAAUACGAGCGGUCAACAGUGGUAUGAGGUGGAGCGCACAGAAAGGAUUAAGAAUUGCUUGAAUCCCAAAUUUUCCAAGACGUUUAUUAUUGAUUACUACUUUGAAGUGGUUCAGAAAUUGAAAUUUGGGAUUUAUGACAUCGACAACAAAACCAUCGAGCUGAGUGAUGACGACUUCUUAGGAGAGUGUGAGUGUACCCUUGGACAAAUUGUUUCCAGUAAGAAGCUGACUCGACCACUGGUGCUCAAAAAUGGCAGACCUGCAGGGAGAGGGAGCAUCACGAUCUCAGCCGAAGAAAUAAAGGAUAACAGAGUGGUCUUGUUUGAAAUGGAAGCAAGAAAACUGGAUAAUAAGGAUCUGUUUGGAAAGUCAGAUCCGUACCUGGAAUUCCACAAGCAGACAUCCGAUGGAAACUGGCUGAUGGUGCAUCGAACAGAGGUUAUUAAAAACAACCUGAAUCCCGCGUGGAGGCCUUUUAAAAUCUCUCUGAACUCCCUGUGCUAUGGAGAUAUGGACAAAACUAUUAAGGUAGAGUGCUAUGAUUAUGACAACGAUGGGUCGCAUGAUCUCAUUGGAACCUUUCAGACCACCAUGACGAAACUGAAGGAAGCCUCCAGAAACUCCCCUAUUGAAUUUGAAUGCAUAAAUGAAAAAAAGAGGCAAAAGAAGAAAAGCUACAAGAAUUCAGGUGUUAUCAGUGUGAAACAGUGUGAGAUUACAGUGGAAUGCACAUUCCUAGACUACAUCAUGGGAGGAUGUCAGCUGAAUUUUACUGUGGGAGUGGACUUCACUGGCUCCAAUGGCGACCCCAGGUCUCCUGACUCCCUUCAUUACAUCAGCCCCAAUGGUGUCAAUGAGUAUCUGACUGCCAUCUGGUCCGUGGGACUGGUCGUUCAAGAUUAUGACGCUGAUAAGAUGUUUCCAGCCUUUGGUUUUGGAGCCCAGAUCCCUCCUCAGUGGCAAGUUUCGCACGAGUUCCCACUGAACUUUAACCCAUCCAAUCCCUACUGUAACGGAAUCCAAGGCAUUAUAGAGGCAUAUCGGGCCUGCCUUCCUCAGAUAAAACUCUAUGGACCAACGAAUUUUUCUCCAAUCAUAAAUCAUGUGGCCAGGUUUGCCGCUGCAGCCACGCAACAACAGACAGCUUCUCAAUAUUUUGUGCUCCUAAUCAUUACUGAUGGUGUGAUCACAGACCUUGAUCAGACCAGACAAGCCAUAGUGAAUGCUGCCAAGCUGCCGAUGUCCAUCAUCAUCAUUGGAGUUGGAGGAGCGGACUUCAGUGCCAUGGAGUUUCUGGAUGGCGAUGGCGGAAGUCUCCGCUCCCCGUCGGGCGAGGUUGCCAUCAGAGAUAUUGUCCAGUUUGUACCUUUCAGACAGUUCCAGAACUCUCCUAAGGAGGCGCUGGCUCAGUGUGUCUUGGCGGAGGUCCCCCAGCAGGUGGUGGGCUACUUCAACACUUACAAACUCCUUCCUCCCAAGAAGCCGGCUGCGGAAUGAAGGGAGCGCGGCCCGAGCAGACUUCCUCUGUGCUGUGGGGAGCAGUGUCCUCACCCCCCCAAGUCACGAACCUGUCACUCACAUCCUUUCCACCCCCCGCCUUUUUCCUGUAAACCUAGUUCUCUGUGGAGUAUCUCUAUUUAACGCAUUCUUUGUGUGCUUUUUUUGGAGGAAAGUGCUAAGUUAAUCUUUGCCCAAUCAAUUCAGUGACUGCUAGUGAUUUAUAGUAAUUGCAGUGAGGCUGUUUGGAUUAGAAAAUCGUGUGAGAAAAGACGCUUUUGUCGUGGUUAUUUACUUUCACAUGAUGAAAAUGCUGUUUUUGAAUGUUUAUCAAUAGGAAGAAUGAAACAUUGUUGGACAAAGCGAUUUAAGGUCGUUAGUUAGUUAGUUCUAGGUCAGUUCUAGGCAAUAGAUGUCUUACCAGCCCGUGUCCAUACCUGAUGGCAAGAGCUUCUUAAAUUCGAUGGUAUUAAAUUUGUGCCUGUAACCGUAUCAGUGCUUUUCCGUGAGAUGAACCUGCCUUCACUCACGCUGAAUUGUGCCACACUUCAGACACUGUGCGCGUUCACACAGGACUGCACCAACAGCUCUGAGCCAGAGGGAAGGCACACAGUCAGUUCUCAAACGUACAAUCAACCAGUAAGAGGAACCUCAUGUAAAUAAGCCACUUCUGUUUGCCUUUCUCAGUCUUUCAUUUUCAUUGUGGGAGAGUAUACACAGUCAGAUUUGAACAUUUCACAGAGGACGUGUGACACUGGGGAUUCUGUACGUGCGUAGACCGUACCUGGUCCUGGAGUCAGCAUUAUUAGAUUAUUUUAAUUGGAGUUUGUUAAAGUGGCUAGGACUGCUUUGUCCAGGAAAGCUGUGAGGACCAGGCAUAUCAGAGGACGUUCAGAAUUCCAUUUCCUUUUAACUAGCGAAAGACUUUACUUAUUAAAAAAAAGACAUUUUUUAUACUUUUCUUGCUAAGGUCCCAUACGUUGAUUUGUGCAUUUGUACAGAUUCAUUUACACAUUUUCUUCUCUUUUUUUUAGUAACAUUUUUGGUCUGAUUUUUAAGCUCAUGGUAGUGGUUAUCUGUUAAUCAAAAUGACAUUUUACAUUUUAAUAAUGUGCUCUUUCCUAGGCCAGGAAUGUAGUGUGUGAAGCAUAAAACCUGUUGUAACUUGAAAAAAAAAGAAAUUCCAACUGCUGCGUUAGGAUGGAGUGGCCUUUAUAUGUUUUUUUUUAGAGCAGAAUUUUUUUCCUCGAUUUUUUGCCUUUAAAACAUAUUCCUUAGCAAACAUUACAUUUUUUGAAUAAUGUGAGGCUUUGUUGAGGACCUGUGUGCCAAGUCCUGUGCAGAUCCGUGUAUUGGCCAAUCGCCCCUCACAGGUUAGCCUUAGAAACUGCGUGUGUCAGGAGCCUUGGGUGGAUGCCCGGCGCCGUGCUGACGGCCUUUCCGGCCUCCUGAAAACUUGCCACAGCGUGUCUCUUGCCUCUGCAGUGGCCGAGGAAGUGAGCUCUGGGCCGUGAACAGCUGUGGCUUCUCAGAAGCAGCUGCUUGCCGAGGUCAGGGCAGGGGCCUGCCUGCUGCCUGGUCGCCGGCCGCUCGUUACCGCCUCGGCCUGGGCUCGCUGUCGUGCAGGGGCGCCGGUAGCCUGAGGCGCUGCCCUCGCAGCCACGAGGCACUUUGACAUCAGUUAAGGGAGGAGAAAACAGAUCGUCCUCCCGAGUUUGGAGCCUUUGCUGUCUCAGGUGUCCUGAUCUCACUUCUCUGUGUGUGUUUGGCAACAGCAAUUUUAUGUCGCUGUGGUUUUGAGAAUUUUCUUUUUUAAAAACAUGAAGCCUUUAAAAAAAAAAUGAUUUGCGCCUGUCCUCACUGUCUGGUGAAGCAGACAGAAGGAGAGCCCGCCUGAAGCGUGUGCAGGGCUCCUGCUCUCCGUGACCAGCCCAGCUGCUCGCAGCACCCACGUCACCUCUCAGGGCUUGGGGACCCCUGGCCACGAGCAUUCACUGUUUUCACGGCCAAAUAACAGGACUUCUGUCACCACUGUCAGACUGAUUUAGUCUUCAUAAUUUUAUGUGCUAGUUUUAAUCGGAAUUGUUCCCUUUUUAAAAUUAAUUUUUUAUUAUUCAUUCUUGAUCAUGUUCAUCAGUAGAGGCUGUUCAUAAGAACUCUGAUUCUAGCGAAUUAGGGUAAUUGAUACCUUUCUGCAGUUUUGAAUAAAAGCAUUUACAAUUCUAAAUUAUUGUUUUAUAAAAUUCUUACAUUUCAGCAUUCCCCUCAUCACAUGCUGAUGUAAUAUUGUUUUAUAUUAAAAUCGUCCUUUUUGCUGUUGUGCCACCAUUCACGCAAGUACCGUUAGUUCUUAAAAUGCGUUUAAAGAAAAAGUGACCAAGUCAACUUUCACACCUCCAGUAAUCAGGUAGAUUACAAACCCAUCCUGGGGGACAGUGCCUGGGCAGAUGUAGUUUCUCCCCGCUGCCUGUACUGAAUAGUGUGCAGUUAGCGUGGUCCCCUCACCUCGUGCUUGGAGUGGAAGUCGUCACGAUCGCGAGAGUUGACACUCAGAUCAGGGGUUCGCCGCUGCUCGCUGUGGCCGUGCCAGAGGCAGCCUUUCCAGAGCAAAUCCAGGGCCCCACGGCGCUCAUGCCUUCUCUGACUGCUUUGCCUUUUUCGUUCUGUAAAUUGACUGGAAAGCCAUCUUUAAUAAACUCCUCCUGUCUCUUUAUGUGUGCGGUUUAUGGCCAUGGAAGUGACACUUGAGGGAAGCCAGAAGUUUGGUUGAGAUUGUGAGAGGCUCUUCUGUGCUUCUAUGAUAUCAUACCCGAUAACACGUGUGUAAGUUACUAAUAUGUGAAUUGUGUUAAAUGUAUCUUCCGUUUGAAUUCCCUUUGGAUGAAAUUAUUUCUUGAUGUGAUACAAUAGUGCCUUGUUCUGAUUUUUGUUCUUUCCCUAAAUGUUAUCAAAAUCAGUAGAAAAGUUAGAAAUAAAGUGAAUAUAGCAUUUUAA